GUAUCCAACAGUAUCCAACGAGCAUAUGUACACAUAUCGUUCCAAGUCGAAACAUUCUGCUACCUCGUCCGAAACUUGAAGCGAGAGAACAUGAUAGUACUGAUGCAAAGUUCGCCGGGGGAAAUGUGUGGUGUCGUGUCUGAGCUGGUCUGAGCUGUUCGAGUCUCGUAGUCGUAUCUAUUUAGUUACGGUCGUGCCAGUGCACACGCUUUUGUGUCGCGUGCAAAUCGUACGGUGCUUAACGACAAUCGCAUCAAUUCAACACUCAACUUUCACUCAAAGACUCGAUACAGUUUGUGACUUUGCAGAUUAUUUGGUUUCAAAGAUACGUAUUACAGGAACUUAGUGAUAGCCCUGAUAAGGGAACUGAUCGCGAGGCGUACUUUUCUAAAGAAUCGAAGAAAACGCCUUGCUAUGACGAUCGAGCUGCAGAUGGGCAUCGUCCAAUGUGCAUACCACUAAUAGGCAUGGAACAAUUCCAUGGUAUGAGUGAUGGAAAUAUAAAUAUAAGUGAUGUCAUUGAAGUCAUUGAAACCACCGAUCCUGGAUUUGCGGAGUCUAGUGGAAGGGAGGAUCACCCAUUGGUGGAGAUGAACGCUAGACGUCUAUUGCCAUAUAUCGAGAUAAUUGAACAGCCGGCAAGCAAGGCUUUACGCUUUCGCUAUGAGUGCGAAGGCAGAUCAGCUGGUAGUAUACCUGGUGCGAACAGUACACCAGAAAACAAAACGUUUCCUAGUAUAAGAAUUGUGGGAUACAAAGGCCGUGCCAUAGUUGUAGUUUCGUGUGUAACAAAAGAAGAACCAUACAGACCUCACCCUCAUAACCUUGUUGGAAAAGAGGCAUGUAAACGUGGUGUUUGUACGGUAGAAGUCUCGUCUGAAAAUAUGACCGUCACAUUUGCAAAUCUUGGUAUUCAGUGUGUUAAAAAAAAAGACAUCGAAGAGGCGCUUAGAAUACGGGAAGAAAUUCGCGUUGAUCCUUUUCGAACUGGCUUCGAUCAUAAAAGACAGCCUUCUAACAUCGAUCUAAAUGCAGUGAGAUUAUGUUUCCAAGUUUUCAUAGAAGGAUCUGAGAAGGCAAAAUUUAACCUACCAUUAAAACCAGUUGUAUCCGAUAUUAUAUACGAUAAAAAGGCAAUGUCGGAUCUUGUAAUAUGCAAGCUCAGUCACUGCAGUGCUUCUGUUGCUGGUGGUAUGGAAAUGAUUUUACUGUGUGAAAAGGUUGCAAAAGAGGACAUACAAGUGAGAUUUUUUGAAGAGAAAGAUGGGAAACUUUGCUGGGAAGGACUCGGCGAUUUUCAGCCUGCUCAUGUACAUAAACAAACAGCAAUCGCAUUCAGAACACCGUCGUACAACAAUCGCAUUCAAGUCGACCAACCGGUGCAGGUGUACAUUCAGCUCAGAAGACCAUCGGACGGCACAACGAGCGAACCAUUACCAUUUCAGAUGUUACCACUUGGUGCAGGUAGGCCUGCUUUCUGGUCUUUACGGAAAGCGUUUGCCAGGAAAAAAACCGAUUACAGCACGUUUGGUAAAAUUUUAGCCACCGAGUCGGCGUUAUUUACGAACGCUGCGUCAAAAUUCCCGCGUAAUAUCGACGAAUAUAACAACAAUGAUAAUUUUGAUAUAAAACGGUCGAGCAAUAAAAUCUCUGCGUUACGCGCUUUAAACGAUUUAUACAACGUAAGAAACACGUUAGAUUCGUGCAACGGGAAUAACGAAAUCAAUCAAAAUACCGCACAAAACGUAGGUCACUUAAAAAACACUAUAAUAGAUUACGAGAAUAACGAGGUACCAAUUAGCACCGAAACUGUACAGAUAAAUAGAUUGUACAAAACUGACAGUAAACGUUUAGAUAAGGAAACAAUCGAUACCAAUGCUAGCACUUUAACUCUCGCUAAAUCUGAUACAGCUGCUAUUAAUGCAAAUCUGUCGAAAAGUUCGGAAUUUCCUAAAAAUAAGUCCGACUGGUUCGAUUAUUCCGAAGUAGACAAAUGGGUACAGAAAGGUCAGAUGUGUCUAAAAGAGAAAGAUAACGAACCAGAGUGUAAAAUCGAGACGGAAGAUUGCAACAAGUCGUUUAACGAAUUAUUGACACAAGUAGCCGAACUGGAUCAGAUUUAUGCUGACACGCACACAAAGUUAGUGGAGGCAGCAUUCGAGCAGAGCACGACCGACCAACCAAUGGAGAUCGACGUUUGUGACAAUCAGACUUACACUAGUCUACAAAUGGCAAUGAAAAAUCCUGUAGAAUUCAUCGAUUUACCAAUCGAGAGGAAGUACGAAGACGUGACUAUACCAAAGAUAAACCUACAUCAUUUUUCUCCUUCUCCUCCUGUAACUACCAAGAGAGAUGGAACGCAAGAAGCGGAGGAAACAUUACCGCCUUUACCGCCAAAACGCAUUCGCAAAAUGCCUUCCAUGCCUCUUCUACCUCGUCCUAUAUCCUCUCAGACAACUGACUCGUUUGUUGGUGCACCAAACAAAAAUUUACCUUCCCUACCUGGUACACUGCCCAAAAGCUCCAAGCAAGGACUUUUCUCGAAAUUAUUCGCUAAGAAAAUAAAAAAAAAUAAAGAUACCGUUUCGAAUACGUCUAAGGGAAGCAAUUCUUCGUUGAAUACACCAGAAAGUAUUUCAUACUUGACGAAGAACAAUAUACCGGAUGGCUCGUUGCAGAAUCCAAGACCUAGUGCGAUAAGUACCACUAGCGUUAAAUCUCUUAGAUUGGAAGGCGACGAGACACCACCUUAUGGAAUGGAAUUAACAGAGGCUGAGCAUUACGCAUUGUAUACUGCAAUGGCGCCUCAUGCAACGGCAUCUGAAUUUGAUGAAAUGUCUUUCUAUUAUAGUCCCGUAGAAGGUGGAAAGAUUUUUUCAGAAAAAAAAGAAACGUAAUUUGCUUUCUUAUUUGUAACGUUUGAUACAGUACUUCCACUUAAAAGCGAUUUGUUUCUUUUCGUAACUAAUAACGUAAAGGUAUGCUGAUAUACCUUUAAAAAUGGCGAAUAUUGUGAUUUGUCGAAGCUGCUACUUUUGCAAUUGUGAUUUUUUUCCAAGAUGAAUUCUUGUAGCUUCGAUACAUACGCGCCGUUGCGGUGCACUCGUGUAUGUUACGAUUUUUGUAUAAGAGACUCUGAGAACACACUUUGAUCAAAACGCACCGAAAUUAAUGUAACGCUAUUCUAGUCGAGGUACAAAUUGUUACUCUUUAUCCAUAGUCUUUCAUACGCAUCUUAAACGAUUGCUGAUAACGUGGACUCAGCUGGAACUUGUUGUUUAAUAUCGAAGGAUUUAGCGUCCAUUCUAGUCAAAUUUUACAGUGUUUACACUUGUCCUCUUGCAUAUUGCUUUUUACUAUUUAUAAUAUGUUGUUAAGUUUUGUUUCUUUUUUUUUUGUUUUUUGUUUUUUUGUUUCUUAUGGUGUCUCAUGUUUAUACGCAUCACUAAAUUUCUAGUCCUAGAAUAGGCAUUUAAUUUAUAGUUGGAAGUAAGAUCGUUUUAUUUGUUUGUAACUUGUAAGUGUUUUAAACCAGAAAAGUAUCAUUUGUGCAGAUAGAUUAUUUAACAGCGGGACAAGCGAGGCCUUUCGUCUUCGGAGCAACUAAUAUAGUACUGUUGAUAAAUCACGUGGUUAAUAUACAAUCAUUUAUAGAUGAUCCAGAUUCGUUAAGGCGAAAGCGACAAAAGUUUAAUAACAGUCCAAACGCGCUAAUUUUGAGGCAUGUACAGGCAGAAGCUGAGAAGCGUGAGUAUUUUUUUUUUUUUCUUGAAAUUGUCCUCAA